UCCCCCCCUCCCCCAAUGGAGGAGCAGCCCCCCCACCACCCGCACCACCACCACCACCCGCACCACCACCAUCACCACCACCCGCACCACCGCCACUUCUGCUACUACCCGCAGAGCGCCUUCCUGCCGCCGCCCGACGGCCGGGCCCAGCCCAAAGCGACGCUCCGCCACCCGGAGGGACCCAAGCGGAGAACAGGCUAUGGAGAGCUGAAUGGUAACGCAGGGGACAGAGAGGUGUCACUGAAGGCUCUGUGCUCGGAGGAGACCACCAGCCCCACGUCCAGGGUGCCCAAUGGCAGCCAGCAGCUCGCAGACACGAAUGUGACCCCGAAGCCACCUGCGAAGGGCAGCUCCCUGGGGAAAGCCGCGAUCAAACCCAAGAACUUUGUUCAGAAAAAUAGCAUGGACAAAAAGAAUGAGAAGCCCUACGACAGCAAACUCAGAGAAGGUCAGCCUGCAGACAAACAGGACGGGGGGUCUGUUCCCAACGGCGUGGUGAGCGGCGGCGCCGGCUACAUCACCAAUGGCUACGUGGGCAAAGGGGCCGACAACGAUGGGAGCGGCUCCGAGAGCGGCUACACCACCCCAAAGAAACGGAAAGGCCGGCGCAACAGCGCCAAGGGCUGCGAGAGCUUGAACCUGGUGCAGGACAAAGUAAUGCAACAGGAGGUCGGCACGCCGGCCCUGAAACAGGAACUGGAGAGUUUCAAGCCCGAUUAUAGCGAGCAAAAAGGGAACCGAAUUGAAAAUACGAAGCCUGUUUGGAAAUACGAGGCGGGGGGCGGCGGGGCGGCGAGCCGGGGGAAGCCUGGGCUCGGUGAUGUGCAGAGGAAAAAUUCGGAUGCCAAACCUGGGAUAAGCGGCAAGAAGUUUGAUGACCGGCCCAAAGGGAAGCACGCUUCGUCGGCUGCGUCUAAGGAGGACUCGUGGACCUUAUUUAAACCGCCCCCGGUUUUUCCGGUGGACAAUAGCAGUGCUAAAAUCGUUCCCAAAAUAAGUUAUGCAAGCAAAGUUAAGGAAAACCUCAACAAAGCGGCUCAGACCCCAUCUGCAUCUUCAUCGUCGUCGUCUUCAUCAUCUGCCGGGGAAGCUCAGCCCCCGCCGUCCAGCCGGCUGUCCCAGGUCCCCAUGUCUGCUAUGAAGUCCGUCACUUCUGCCAGCUUUUCCAACGGGCCCCUCCUGGCCGGGACGGAUGGCACUGCGUACCCCCCGGGCGCUCAGCCCCUGCUCACCCCCGCUGCUGCUGCUGCUGCUGCUGCUGUCCCUCCCACCCCCACUGAUGCGGUGCCCCCGGACGUCGCCGCAGCCCCGGCGGCUCUGGAGCAGAAGAAAUCCAACCUUUUUAUCUACCCUUCCAAUAUGCAAACCGUGCUGCUGGGCACGGCUCAAGUCGAUUUCCCGUCGCAGACGAAUCAGCAGAACCUGGGAGACAUCUUCCAGAACCAGUGGGGUUUGUCGUUCAUCAACGAGCCCAGCGCCGGCCCCGAGACCGCGGCGGGGAAAUCUGCCGAUGGCCAGCUGAUGGAAGUGACGUUUCAGGGGGAAUAUCCCGCCGCCUUGGUUUCGCAGUGCGCUGACAUCGUUCCCUCGGGAGCCGAGCAGCCCGCGUUCCCCAAGGCGUACGAGCUGGACAAACGGACUAACCCACCCCCAGCGCUCAGCGCCGCCCCCAAGCCUGGGACUGCUGGGGAGGGCGGCGCUGCAGCCCUGGAGUCGCAUCACACCGGCGAGCUGCAAAAGGCAGACGCCGGCAGCCAAGGUGCUUUAGUGUUUCUUUCAAAAGACUAUGAAGUAGAGAACCCUCUGGCCUCUCCCACGAACAAUUUGUUAAGCUCCGCCAAAGAACAGGGGUACCAGAGAGGCCUAGAAAGGAAAGAUAGCUGGGGUUCUUUUGACCUGAGUGCUGCUGUUAAAUAUCACACUAAAGAAAUGGAAGCGGUUUGGAAUUUGCAGAAGCAAGAUCCCAAAAGGAUAAUCACCUACGACGAAGCCAUGGAUCACCCGGAUCAAUGAAGGUAGCAAGACAAGACUGCCUGUUAUAACCUUUCUGCAGCAUUUGUGCUGUCCGUGGGGGACAAAAGGCUUUUAUGCUCCUUCUAAAUCUUCAGUGCAGCAGAGGAACCGUAAUUAGAAUCACAGGAUAAUAUAUACAAAUAUAUAAUAUAGUUAUUUAAAAAUGGCGACUGAAAGUAAUUAGACUUCUUAAGGAAUCAGAAAAUUUUAUUUCAACGAGUCUACACACGUGAUUAUUUAAUCUCCGGUACCGAGUAGAAUUUUUUGGGUUUUGUUUUUUUUCCCUCGUUAUUUUCGUUUUCGUUCUGUUUUCUGUUCAAAGAGUGAAAUGCAAGCGAUGGCUGAACACAGGCUCCAUUUGCAGACCCGGUUCUAAAGCUCCCGCUGUCGUCUGCGUGGCAGCAGCGACCCGCAGGAGAGGCAUUUCCACUUGACGAGGUCUGUGUCUCUUGUUGUGUGACUGUAACGACACACUGACCGCAGGAAUCAGGAUGAUCCGCCAUCCUUCAUCUCCCCUUCCCCUUUCUGUUGGGUUUUUUUGUUGUUUUCUCUCUUUUCCUCGUUUCGUUUUCCAUUGAACGCUGAAGAAACACUCGAAAUUUGCAGACUUUUCUUUUUUUCUCGUUUUGGUGUUUUUUUUUGUUUUCCCCAGCGAAUUCUAAAGGCACGUUUUGCCAGGAGUAAAAGCAGCCAGCCCUGGUGUGGGGGAAUUGUCUUAAAGCAGCAUUCUUUUGGGGGGAGAAAACGGUCACACUGCAGUUCUGGGAUGCAUGGUGAAGUCACAGCGCUGACCUGGCUCCGGUCACAACGUCGGACUAUUUGCAACCGAAGAGUUGUUCUGUUUUAAAAGACAACAUUGAAAACUGAGUCAUUGGGUUUAGGCAUUUACUAUGGUUAAAAAAAAAAAAAUAGUAAAAGAAAAAAACCUGAUAAACGCCGCUGUUCCCAUUGCUUAACGCCAUUGUGUCACUGGGAGCAAAAAAAAAAAAAGAGAAAAAAAAAGAAAAAAAGGAAAAAAAAAAGAAAAAAAGGAAAAAAAUCUCUUGCUUUCAACCGUAGGUGCUUCAUAUUUGCUGUGUCUGUCUCCUAACACUAAAUAUGCUGGAUUUUUUUUCCCAUUUUCAUUGAUCAAACUGAAACGGAAUCGAGUUCUGCUCACUGUCGCCCUUACGAAAUCGGUUUGGUUUGGUUUUGUUCUCUUAAAAAAAAAUUGGAAAAUGACAAAAAAAGGAAAAAAAAAGGAAAAAUGGGAAUUUGAAUCCUUCUCAAUUUGUCCAUAGAACGCCAACGGCUGGGCUUCCUGCUGCGGCCCUUGGAAAUGGUCUUUUAUAUUUUAAUGUAGUCUGUGUAUUUCCGGGCUCUGCUUCUAAUGAUCUCUUAAUAAAAAUAUAUUUUAUUACCAAAAAAAAAAAAAAAAAAAAAAAAAAAAAAAAAGAGGACUUAGGAAUGAAAAUAAUUUAAAAAACAAAAAAAAAAAAAGGAAAAAGGAAGAAAAAAAAAUAAAAUAAAAAAAUAAAAAGAAAUCCAACCAGAAGGAGAGCUUUCAGGCAGUGGUGCCAUGCAACCCGCUCUGUCCCAUCGCUGCACGGCUGGUGCUUCCCGGGUUGGUGAAGGUGGAAAGAUGGAAAAAGUGCCCUGGGUCCAAAACUGAGGGCGUCAGUGGGUUCUUCUCCAACCAGUCCGGAUCCCAGGGGGCGUUUCAGGAAGCAGAGAAGCCCAAAGCUUUUGCCUGCCCUUGUGCUUAGAGCCGCUUUGGUUUCGGUUUGUUUGGAGCUAUCAGUGUGUAGCAUGUGGGUUUUGUUCUUAAUUGUUUCUGCUCUUCUCAUGAGCUUGUUCCUGGACGAAGCGCUGAGGUUCACGGUGGGACGAUGGAACUGAAUUCUGUACCUUUGUAAGAUGGCUAGCUUUCUGCAACGCUUAGUUGUACCGGUUCGACUACGGAUUGCCUACUCCAUUUAUGUCUCAAGUACUGUAGCGCGCCAUGCCCCGGUGUGGUGCCCUACAGCAGUGCUGUCCUGUACCAGUCCAAGGUCUGAAAUUUGUGGUUGGCCAGUCGCGAAAAGUUCUGUUUCACCUCUAACCUGUGUCACCUUUGCAGGUUUUGUGUGUGACUUGCGGAUGUACAACAUGUUUACAGGUGUGCCCUGCAUCCAGUCCUCCUCUGUUCCUAUUCCAAUUCUGUUGAGUCUCCCAACUGCUUGCCAAAAGUGGGAAUUGCUUCUGGCCCCGCUGCAAAAGGGCCGGGGCUUUCCUGAGCUUUAAAGCGUUGAACAAACUGGAUAAUGGGGCUGGGAGGGGUAAGGUAGAAUAAAUCUUUUAUUAUUAAUAUUAUUAUUAUUAUUAUUAUUAUUUGCAAAAUGAAAAGCAAAGUGUUUGCAAAGGCUGUUUGCAAAGCUUCCAGUUUGUUUCACUGGCUUUAAGGCUCUGCUGUGUAUUUAUUUGCCUUGUGUAGUCACUUGUCGCCUUAAGGGCUGGGUUCCAUUAAAAAACACAAAACCAAGACCUGUUUUGCUCCCUGGGGCGUCGAGCCUAGAAAUAAACACGUGCGUGUGGCCCCGUACCCCAGCCCCAUCUGCCUUCCGGGUAGAAGCCCAGAAAGAAGCGUGGGCCCAGCGUUGGGUUGAGUUGCGUUGGGUGACGUUGAGUUGCGUUGAGUUGCGUUGGGUUACGCGGAGCUGUGUUGGGUUGGUUGGGUUCUUCUGACAUCCUCUCUCUUGGCCCCGUGCUGUCAGUGGUACCGAUGCACAGCCACCACUUUUCCUGCUGUAUCCUCUCUCCUACCACCCCUCUGGUUGUCCGGCUGUCCUCCCAGCACCUGCUGGGCACUAGGCAGACAGGAGCUCCUCUUUGAGCUCCUACAGCUCUGGGUUGCUGAUGAAGGGCCGUGGGGCAGGCAGGCAUUGCCCCGACCCAUGCAGGGCCGUGGGGGGAGCUCCCUCUGUGCUUUGUGUAACUCGCCCUGUCCAUCUGCAGUCCUCCCUUUGUCCUCACACAAUUCUUUGCUGAGCACUUAUUAAAAAUAUCUUCAGAUUUAAUCUGUUUUCUGAUUAUUUUUGUGUAAACAUUUAAAAAAAAAAAAAAAAAAGAGGAAAAUAGAAAAAAAUUGAGCUGUGACUAAUUUUAGCCGUUUAAAUAAUGCUAAAGUGUUACUGAUGAGUCUGUUGGUUGGUUGGUUGGAUUCAGAGUAUUAGUACUGUAGCAUAAACCAAAUACAGCCCAGUGGGGCGAGCGCUCGUGGGGCUGCGGGCGCCGGCGUCACGCGAGCGUGUGUUUAUUUGUGCCAUUGCUUUUGUUACACUGAGCAGAGCGAGUUUCAAACCCUUCUGUAGGUGUAGCGUUGGAGAGCGGCUCUAAGGGUGAGAUGGUGACCUCCUUCUUGUAGUGGUGAGGAUGCUGAUUCAGGUUAGGGCUGCUUUCACUGCUCUGUUCUCCUGGUGGUGCCCCGUGUCCCUUCCCGCCUGGUUCCUUGCAGGGUUUCUCAUUGAUGUGAGCGGUGUGCAAGCUGUGGGUAUCUGUGCCCACUGGAGCUUGGUGAUCCCCCACGUCUCCAGCAGGUCCUGCAGGUGUCUGUUGAGCAAAGUCUUGGUCACGUGCCCCGAAAUGGUCCCCAAACUUGGUGGCGGUGGCUCGGGCAGGGCUCACAGCUGCUCCUCCAGCAGCAGCACGAGGACCCGCAGCCCCUCCGCACUCCGUUUUCCUGCCUGUUUGCUGGGUCGGCGGCGCUGUGGUGUUGAGGUUCGGUUGGGUUGGUUGCUCUAAACCCUCCUCCGUUAUCUGUGAAAUCCCAAAUCUUCACUUUCUGGGAUCUGUGUGAUGGUGUGCUCAGCUCCAGCACGUGGUUUGUUGCUCACCGUCACCUUUUGUCCCGUCAGCCCUGCUGUUUGCCUUUCCCAGCUGCUGUGAGCUUUGAAAUGCAGCAGAAACCAAUUCCUGCUGGAUCCCAGCCGUGCUGCUCUGUGAUGGCCAAGCGGGGAGCACCGGCGGGCUCAGCCAAGGCAGGAAUUGCUUCCUGCUUGGGAAAAAAAGAAGUUAUCCUCCUAAUUAAGUCUAACGUGUGCUUUUCACCUUGAGGAGAGCAUCACCUCGGCACGUAGCACCCAUGGAGCUGCUUGGAGCACUGAUGCUGGUAGCCGGGAGCUUUGCUGCGUGUGAUUUUGCUCUCAAUUUGGUGUUUUCAGCACCUUGCUGUGCAGCACUGUCCUGGAGAUCUGUGUGCCCACAGCCGUUCAUUUCUGUGUAGAGGCUGCUUACGAGGAAGGUGACUGAGGUCAGGAGGGGAGAGAACGAGGCUGAACCCAACGUAAAGCUGCUACAGAACUUCACGCGGAGGUGUGAGGCUGGGGAAGGAGCCCAGCAGCUUCGGCCAACGCGAGAACAAGGUUUCUGCCUUUGCACCUGCAAAACACAGCGCAGAGAAGCGAGGGGAAGGGAGCAGAAGAGCCCGAUGUGCUCCGUCAUCCAGAGAUGCCAGAGCUUUAGGAAUUUGCACAAUAGGUGUCGCACACAGGGUAAGGCCAUGGGACCCCCUGCUCGGGGGCUGCCGAGCUGUAUCGAUCUCGACUGUUAAUCGGAAAGCUUCGUGUCUCCUGUCCAGAGCUCUAAAGCCAUUUUGUAAGAUAGCGGGAUCCCUUUUCUUACAGCCUUAGUAGCGAGUUAUCUUAAAAAAAAAAAAAAAAAAAAAAAAAAAAAAAAAAUUUAAAAAAAAAACAGGAAAAAAAACACGAGUUAAUUUCUUUUCUGUGGUAUGAAACUUGUGUACUGCGAAUACGUGAGCGUGGAGCAGCAGUACCAGUGCUGUUUUCUUAAGAGAAACGACAAGAAACUGCUUUCCAGACGGUCUUUCCUCAGGUGCUAAAUAAGGGUUCCAAAAAUGGAUACUGCUUUAGGAGUUUGGGCUUUAUUCUUAAAAUCCGUAUUUUUUUGCUUAGGUGUCGUUAAGGUAUUUUAACAAGAAUGUUGUUGUUGUUCUUUUUAAUGUAAAUAAGAUGACGCGUCUUUGAUUUUCGGUUGAUCUCCUCGUUGUCUGUAUGGAAUAGUCUGAUUUUCACGUUAUCCUUUUGAGAAGGACCCUCCUCCCACCCCCCUCGAAGACAUUUCAUUCAGUGUUGCUGCGUUUGAGAGCGAGUCUCCAGCCGCUCACGGAUUAAUGCUGCUGCUGCUAUUCGUAACCCCGAAAAUCCAGACUGUGUGAUGCACUUUUGUCCCCCGAGUUCCCCGACGAGAGCCGCCCCACGCAGCCCCCCACGGCCCGACCCUGGUGCUGACCCACGGGGAUUUCUAUGCAAACGCAAAGCAAAGGAGAGCUCUGACCUUGGCAGAACACUGUGCGUUUCUCUCUCUCUCCUUCCUCUUCUCAAGCUGCUAUUGGAAGGGUUGCGCCGUCCCAGCUCCUCCUUCCUGCCUGCUGGCGAUGUGGGGAUGAUGGCCGAGCGUUCGGAAGGUCUGAAAUGGCAAUGAGCUCGUGGCUCGUUGCCACUGGGAGUAUUUUGUUUUCUAUUUGCAUACAUCUUUGGAAGGAAAUCGCUCAUCUCUGGAAAAAAAAAAAUAAUAAUAUAUGUCUAUAUAUAUGUUUUUAAUGCUUUAUUCCAAUGUGAAGUUGACCAGAAGCAAAGCAGUGAUGUUCAGACCACACGGCCUCCUGCCCCAGGGAGGGUCCAUGGCGCUUCGGGCAGGGAGAGCUUGAUGCUGUGGAGAUCCUACAGGAGCCCUGUUGUGAGGGAAGAGUCAGGAGGGUCCGAAGGAGCGCAGGAAUAACGCUGUGGGAUUACAGAUACCGGAAUUCCCCUCCGUCGGCGCCGUCUUUUGCCCAGCGUUUGCUCUCUUGCACACCCAGCUGUGUGCACAUCCCAAACGUGCCUUGUGUGUGUGCUCAGCCACGGCGGGGGGCUGCGGGGGAGGCUGUCCUCCCAAACGUGACCUGUUGGUGCGGCUUCUGAGGGGGCCGGGGCAGGAGGAAGAGGAUCUGCUUUGCUGUUCCGCAGACGGAAAUGAGCAGAGGUCCGAAACCAGCCCUUCUUUGGGGUCGAGGUUCUCUGAUCCCCACGGCGCGGGGUUUUGCUCCCUUCCCUUCACAUUGUGCUUCACGUUACUGUGGGCUUUUUUUUGCCCUUUUUUAUUUUUUUUUCUUAAAGGAAAAGUAAAUGCGCCGUGCGUUGCCCAAGCAGAGCUGUGGAGCGUGCAGUCAGCGACUUGGGGCGUGAAGCCGUGCAAUUCCUGUUCCUUCAUCUCUCUCCUCACCCUCCCAUGUGCUCUCCCUCAGUCUCUCUGUACUUCUGCCACUGUCAAUGUGAAAGCUUGCUUGCGUUAUUUUUUAGAAAUGCAUUUUGCACACUCGGGUUUCGCUGAAGCUCCAUGAAAAGGUUCGUUUGAAGCAGAUGAAUAAAGCUAUGCACAUGUUUUGAAAGUUUAAUUUGUGUCUCAUUACCAGAAGUGACUUAUCUGCCCUCUUUGCAUUCCCAUGCUGUCGUUGCCUGCGUUAUCUUCCUACCACGGAGGGCAUGAUGGAGGUGACAGCUCUUUGCUGACAGCGUAGCAGAAAACUGGCGCUUCUUGAGUUCAGUAGCCUGUCUCUCUUUGCUUUCUCUGUCUCUCUCUCUGUAUAUCUAUAGAAAUAUAUAUUAUUUUUUUAUUUUAGAGAACCUACUUUAGUAAUUGGAGGGAGAGGGGCGAGCUGGCUUGCUGGGCGUGCUCCGGGCCAACCUGUGCUCCGUGUCUCCGCACGGUGCCCUCGCGCCAGAGGAGGGCAUGGAGCAGCAUGGGCUGCUGGCACGUGGCAGCCCUCUGCCCUGGCACACGCAGGGUGCUGUGCCCGCAGGGAGGGCUGUGUGCGUGCAGUGGGGGGCUGAGAGCUGCUCUUGGUUUUGUUCUCGUGAGCGACGUGUGUUGGGCUGCAGGUGCCAGCUCUGCAGGCGUGUUGCUGAGCCCCGUGUGGGGAAGGCUGGAGUUGGGAGGAGGACGCCGGCACCUUUCUCCUUACAUUCCCUUCGCCAUGGCAGAAACCUGUACUAACUUGAUGGCUUUUUUUCAUACCAAACAGGGCUGCUUUUCUAUCUACCAUCACACGUGUACUUACACACCUUCGGCAGCUUGCACGUUUCCGAAGGGCCUCGACUUGUUUACUGGGGGGACAGAUGCCCCUCUCCCCCCCCUCCCCAAAUACUUCAGUGUUAGCAGCAGUGUAGAGAGCUGUGGAAUGGAGCAGGGUCUGGCUCAGCCCCUCCUGCCCUGCCCGUAGCUCACAUCCUUCAGUUCCCCGUGUUAAAACCAGGAGGGGCUGUGCUUUACCUGCUCGGGGGCUGAGUUACCUCUGACCCCGGAGAGGGGCAGCCCCUCCUUGUUGUCCACGUCGAAACAGUCAAGGUCGGUUUUGUUCUCUUCUCCCCUUCCCGGUCUGUUUGAAUGGGUUCACACACUCGUUGUGCCCAGCUGGAACGGGAUCAUUUUCCCAAUGGUGAGAGGGCAGCAGUAGGAGUGAGAGUGCGACCUGCUGAGCUGCGCCUGGGGCCGGUGGUGUCACGGACUGUAAGGAUAGGGAACGUCCACGAGCUGUAAUGGCAUGAUGUAUCUUUACCAAUGAUGUCAUACUUCACACUAAAUGUUUUAAAAAAUCAUUAAAAGGAAAAAAAAAAAAAAAAAAAAAGUUACCUGAAUUUUGUUUAUUCUGCACCAACAGGUCUUCAAAAUUUAUCCAAAUUUUAUUAUUUUAUCAGGAAAAAAAAAAAGAAAAAAAUCGUGUAGAUGGAAUACGUUAAGAUGGACAAUAAGUGAUGUAAAUCGUUGAAUAAAAAAUUUAAAGUGUA